UCAAAAGAGAAGUAUUUGAUGAAGAAGGUGUAAGUUUUGGGGGGCUUAUAUACGUAAUUACACUUAUACCCUCCCCACUAGUCUCUGUUCAGUUCCUGCUGUUGCCUGCUGAAGAACCUUGAGAAGAACUGAACUGCCAUCAUCAGCCAACAGGCAAAGAUUAGAGCUUUCUUCUCCAAUGUUCUCAACUCGCAAAACCCUAAUUUCUCUUUUGGCUAAACACCCAAAUUCCCCGUUUCCCCAUCUCUCUUCUCUUUCCUUAACGCACUCACUUUCUGAAGGACCUUAUGAUCCUCCUUUUUCUCCUUCAUCCAAACCUACAAAACCUCGAAAACCUAAAACGAAGAAAACCCAACUAAACGCUCCGAAGCAAAAGGAAGACCCGAAACUCCCUCUAACAUCUGAUCUUCCUUUUGAUUUUAUGUAUUCCUAUUCCGAGACCAACCCAGCUGUUGAGCCAAUCGGGUUUCGAGAACCAAAGAGGUUCUCACCGUUCGGUCCCGGCCGUCUUGAUCGGGGCUGGACUGGGACGUCUGCCCCGCCCCAAAAAGAGGUCGACGGGGAGUGGUGGGUGGAGCGAAGGAAUCUGGUUCUUGGUGACCCGUUAACGGAUGAGGAAGUUGCAGAGCUUGUUGAACGGUAUCGGCAUAACGAUUGUGCUAGGCAAAUCAAUCUGGGAAAAGGAGGAGUGACUCACAAUAUGUUAGAUGACAUCCACAACCAUUGGAAGAGGGCUGAAGCUGUGAGGAUCAAGUGCUUGGGAGUGCCAACUCUUGACAUGGACAGCGUUUGCUUCCACUUUGAGGAUAAAUCUGGUGGGAAGAUUAUCUACCGCCACUUAAACAUACUUCUUCUGUACCGAGGUCGAAAUUAUGAUCCCAAGAAUCGUCCGGUUAUACCUCUGAUGCUGUGGAAGCCUUAUGCUCCUAUAUAUCCAAGACUUGUGAAGAAUGUUGCUGAUGGUCUUACAUUUGAAGAAAAUAAGGAAAUGAGAAACAGAGGACUCCAUUCUCCUGCAUUAUUGAAACUUACCAGGAAUGGUGUGUAUGUUAACGUGGUGGACAGGGUGAGGGAUGCUUUCAGAGCUGAAGAGGUUAUCAGAUUAGACUGCACUCAUGUGGGGAUGAGUGACUGCAAAAGGAUCGGUGUCAAGCUAAAGGAUUUAGUGCCUUGUGCCCCUAUUUUGUUUAAGGAUGAGCAGAUUAUACUUUGGAGGGGGAAGAGGGAUUGGGAACAGGAUACUGACCAUUCUAAGUGAGCUUGUCAGAUUCUUGCAGAUUUUACUUUGGAAGGGGAAGAGGGAUUGGGAACAGGAUACUGAACAUUCUAAGUGUGCUUGUCAGAUUCUUGCAUCUGUUUCCUGAUGUUUGCACUUGUUGCGGGCACUUGUGAUCCCGAUUCCUCAAUUAGUUUCAUAGAUUGCUGAUUCAUUUCAAGCAAGAUUGUACAGGCCAAAUAGCAUGGGGACCUCUCAUCGUGACUGCCUUGCUCAUUCCACUCAUAUUACUGAUAGCUAACAAACUAACGCUUAGCAGCCUCAUUACAAGUUCUUCACUUUUCCAAUUCUUUAAUUUUAGUUACACAGGGUGUGAUGUAUACUUAUUUUCUUCAUCCUUGUAUCUUAAAUUUUAUGCUAAAUUCUACUUCAAGAGCCCUUCUAUAAUACACUUCUGCUUUGUAAAUUAAAAGGAUGUAACUGAGAUCCAAUAUUGGGUUA